AUGGGAAUACCAUUUGCUGAGCCACCAAUAGAGAAUUUAAGAUUUAAGCCACCACAACCUAUUAAGCCGUGGGAUGAUGUGCUUCAUGCCCAUAAAAUAAAGCCCGCCUGUGUCCAAAAUAAUUACAAUAUUCUUAAAGGUCAGCCUAUAGGGCAAUAUGGCGUAGAAGACUGUUUGUAUCUUGACAUUUACACCCCCUCGAUUGACCAUAACAAACGACCGGCUGUUGUCUUCUUGUAUAAUGACCGCUUCGUAAACUCUUAUAAUAAAAGCAAAGAUUAUGCUCCAGAUUUUUUCAUUGAAGAAGAUAUUGUGGUCAUAACGAUAAGCCAUCGUCUUUCAAUGUUCGGUUUUCUUUCAUUUGAAGACGAUACAUUGUCGGGAAACGCUGGCUUAAAGGAUAUAGUUGCGGGCUUGGAAUGGGUAUCCCAGAAUAUACAUAGCUUUGGAGGAGAUUCUGAAAAAAUCACUUUACUUGGAUCCCAAGGAGGUGCAGCUGCAGUGGAUCUUCUCAUCCGUUCCAAAGCAAACGUAUUAUUUCGUUCAGCUAUACUUCAGAGUGGUACUUCACUGAGUUCUGAAUUUCUACAAGAAAAUGUACGGAAAAGAGCCAAAGAACUGGGUAAUCUGUUGGAAAUACCGACAUCGAGUAACAAAUAUCUGUUGGAAGAACUAAACAAAAUUAACACGUUAAAUAUAUUGCCAAUGGAAUUAAAAGCGUCACCUGCCGAUUAUUAUAAAGAUAACCAGAGAAGUGUUCUCACCUUCGGUCCAGUCGUUGAGAAGGAUUCAAACGGGCUCAUAACAGACUACCCUGAAAACUUCUCCGAGAAAAUAAACAUGCCAAUUCUGAUUGGAUCUAACUCUCGGGAGGGUUUACAUUCGUCUUUGAUGUACCUAAUGCAACCGCAUUUCUUUAAUAACGUAGAAAAAGAUUUUCAUUUCUUGAUCCCCCUAAGAGUGAAUUAUAAAUUCGACCCCAAUCAUGACAGUUAUUACGAAGCCGUUCAAGAUAUAAAAGAUUUCUAUUUUACGGAAGGUGAAGUAUCAUUAGCAAGUAUUUCACAGUACAUUACCUACAUGAGCGACUUGAAGGUGUACCCCAUCAAUGUUGCUGCACAAAUUUUCUCCAACAUAACCUCGGGACCGGUGUUUUAUUAUCAUUUCGAUUACUACAGCAGCUUAAGCGAAAAUAAAAACAACAUAUUAAAAUUGUCGUCAACUACAAAUGGAAUAUACGGGGCUCCGACUGGAGAUGAGCUGUGUUAUUUAUUCAGAUGUCCAUCUCUGAAUGAUAAAUAUAUAAAACAAAAAGGCUUAAAAUCCAAAACAAUCGAAGUACAAAGGAAGAUGAUAAAACUGUGGGCGAAUUUCAUUAAAUACGGAAACCCGACACCUGCAGACGACAAUCCAUUAGGGGACGUAGAAUGGCCAAGCUACAACAUGGACACCAAGAAAUAUCUCCAUAUAAAUGAAAAUAUAACAGUCAAGGAAAGUUUAUUACGGAACAGAUUCAGGUUUUGGGAUAAAUUUAUUGACAAAUGGGGAAAGAAACUAGAAUACUUGAGAUUUAGAAAAGAUGAAUUAUAA